GCUUCUCCCACACAGACUAGGGCAUAGCAACAGCAACCAGCAGCAAACUACAGAACCGAAUUAAUAAUUUGGGGGUAUUAAAAAUAUUUGGCAUCUGCUCCUGCAUCAGACACGAUUGCCCUUAUAUGGCGAAGGCAGGUGGCGAUGGCAUUCCGUGCCGAGGGAAGAAGGGUCCAAAGGUCACCCCGCUGCUUGCUCUGUUCAGGCACAGUCCGUCUCCAAGGUGCUGUGUGCCCACCAAACAGAGACCGCAGCAAAGAUCCCCCCACAAAACACUGACCAUCACCAUGUCAGCAGAACUUAGUGCCAAAGUGACCAGGACUCUGAACAAAACCACACCCGGACUCCAGAUAUGGAGAAUUGAGAAUAUGGAGAUGGUGCCUAUUCCACCAAAAACAUAUGGGAACUUCUACGAAGGAGAUGCUUAUAUCAUUCUCUCGACGCAUAAGACUGGGAACAACUUCACCUACGACGUCCACUUCUGGCUGGGCAGUUCAUCAUCUCAGGAUGAGCAGGGCUCAGCUGCCAUCUACACUACCCAGAUGGAUGACUACCUGGGAGGAGUAGCCGUACAGCAUCGUGAGGUCCAGGGCUACGAAAGUGACGCCUUCCGGAGCUACUUCAAACAGGGGCUAAUCUAUAAGAAGGGUGGAGUGGCUUCUGGCAUGAAGCACGUGGAGACCAACACGUACAAUGUACGACGCCUGCUGCACGUCAAGGGCAAGAAGAAUGUGAUGGCAGGAGAGGUGGAGCUGAGUUGGAGCAGUUUCAACUUGGGCGAUGUGUUUCUGCUAGACCUGGGGAAGCUCAUCAUCCAAUGGAACGGUCCAGAGAGCAACCGCCUGGAGCGACUGAAGGGGAUGACCCUAGCCAAGGACAUUCGUGACCGGGAGCGUGGGGGUCGAGCGCAGGUAGGUGUGGUGGAUGGGGAGGACGAAGCUGCAUCUCCUAUUCUCAUGAAGAUCAUGGAGUAUGUGCUGGGGGAGAAGAGGAACAUUCAGCCUGCCAUCCCAGAUGCCGUGGUGGACCAGAAGCUGAAAUCUUCUCUCAAGCUCUACCAAGUCUCUGAGAUAGAAGGGAACCUUCUUAUCCAAGAAGUUGCCAUCCAGCCCCUCACCCAGGACCUUCUCAAGAAUGAGGACUGCUUCAUCUUGGACCAAGGUGGUGUGAAGAUCUUUGUGUGGAAGGGUAGGAAUUCAAGCAAGGAGGAGAAGCGGCAAGCGAUGACACGGGCCCUGGGUUACAUCAAGGCAAAGAACUACCCACCCAGCACCAGCGUGGAGACUGAAAAUGACGGUUCUGAAUCUGCUGUCUUUAGGCAGCUCUUUCAGAAAUGGACUCUCCCCCAUCAAAGCACUGGCUUUGGCAAGACCAACACUGUUGGGAAAAUAGCCAAAGUAGAGCAAGUGAAGUUUGAUGCCACCACUCUCCAUGCCAAGCCGGAGAUGGCUGCCCUGCACAAGAUGGUGGAUGACGGCUCUGGAGAAGUACAGGUCUGGCGAAUUGAGGACUUGGAACUGGUACCAGUGGAGGGUCGCUGGCUUGGUCAUUUCUACAGCGGCGACUGCUACCUUAUCCUCUACAAGUAUCUAGUCUCCAGUAAAAUGCACUACAUGAUCUACAUUUGGCAGGGUCGCCACGCCAGCCCCGACGAGAUCACUGCCUCUGCUUACCAGGCUGUCAUUCUGGACCAACAGUAUAAUGGUGAACCUGUGCAGGUGCGAGUGACCAUGGGCAAGGAGCCUGCUCAUCUUAUGGCCAUCUUCAAGGGACGCAUGGUGGUGUAUUCGGGUGGUACCUCCCGAGCUGGCAGCACAGCUCCAGUGCCCACCAUCCGCCUUUUCCAGGUGCAUGGGACCAACGAGUUCAACACCAAGGCCUUUGAGGUGCCUCCCCGGGCCUCCUCCCUCAAUUCCAAUGAUGUCUUUAUCCUCAAGACUCAGAGUUGCUGCUACCUCUGGUAUGGGAAGGGUUGCAGUGGGGAUGAGAGGGAGAUGGCCAGGAGUGUGGCUGACCUGAUCUCCAAGACCGAGAAAGCAGUGAUCGCAGAAGGACAGGAGCCUGCGGAGUUCUGGAUUGCACUAGGCGGGAAGUCCCAAUACGCCAACAACAAAAGAUUACAGGAGGAAACAAUUGCCAUCACACCUCGGCUCUUUCAGUGCUCCAAUAAGACGGGGCGCUUCCUUGCCAUGGAGAUCACAAAUUUUACUCAAGAUGACUUGGAAGAAGAUGAUGUGUUCCUACUGGAUGCCUGGGACCAGGUUUACUUCUGGAUCGGUAAAGAUGCAAAUGAGGCCGAGAAGGAGGCAGCAGCCGUAACGGUGCAGGAGUACCUGCGAACUCACCCGGGUGGACGUGACCUUGACACUCCCAUUGUGAUUGUGAAGCAAGGCUAUGAGCCUCCGACAUUCACUGGCUGGUUCCUAGCAUGGGACCCCCUCAAAGGGACAGAGAAGAAAUCCUAUGAAGAGUUAAAAGCUGAACUGGUAAAUGAGGACAACCUUGGCCAGAUCACUUCUGAAAUCCUUGAUGCAAAAACAGUUUUCACUGCCAACACAACCUUGGGUAGUAUCUCAAUGUCAACCUACCCUCUGGAGAAAUUGAUGAAUGUGUCUGCAGAGGAACUACCCAGCGAUGUAAACCCCAGCAGGAAGGAGGACUACAUAUCAGAUGAAGAUUUUCUUGCUGUCUUUGGAAUGUCCCGACAAAACUUUGCUGCCCUUCCUCAAUGGAAGCAACAGACUCUCAAGAAGGAAAAAGGACUUUUCUAAAAAUGUAAACUUUCUGCUGUCAUUGACUCAAAGUGGAUAUUUUUACUUAAAAUAAAAAUAAUUCCAAGUUUG